CGCUCCACGGGACUCCGGAACGCAUUGGCUUUGAGGGCGGCACCCUGAACGCUGCCUGCGGGAAGGGGACAACAUCCCCCCGAGGGGUGCGCGGAGCGCAGCGGGCUGGCAGCCCCGAGGCCGGGGGUGAGGUCAGGGUGGCUUGGGGGCCGGGCCCGGACGUGGCCUGCAGACUCAGCGCUGGACGCGCGCACUCACACAAAAGAGGCCGGAAAGUGGCGGGAGGAAGCGGGCGCGUCACGGGGGCCGCAGCCGGGAGCCUGGCGCGCCCGCCCCGCCGCGUCCCAGGUACACGGCCCGCUCGCCCCGCCGCUCCGCCACCGCCACCGCCACGACCGCGGCGCCGCCAAUGAGACUCCUCCCGCUCCUAGUGGGUUUUUCCACUUUGCUGAAUUGUUGCUACACUCAGAAUUGUACCAGGACACCUUGUCUCCCAAAUGCAAAAUGUGAAAUACGGAAUGGAGCUGAAGGCUGCUAUUGCAACAUUGGGUUUUCAGGAAAUGGUGUCACAAUUUGUGAAGAUGAUAAUGAGUGUGGAAAUUUAACGCAGUCCUGUGGUGAAAAUGCUAACUGCACGAACACAGAAGGAAGUUACUACUGUAUGUGUGCACCUGGUUUCAGAUCCAGCAGUAACCAAGACAAGUUUAUUACUAAUGAUGGAACCAUCUGCAUAGAUAUAGACGAAUGCAGUGAAUCAUUUGCCUGUGGUGAUCAUGCAAUGUGUAAAAAUGUGGAUGGUGGAUAUAACUGCUCCUGCAAGGAAGGUUACCAUACAUCCACAGGAAACUCACAGUUCACACCUAAUGAUGGCACUUAUUGCCAAGAAAUUGUGAAUCCAGACUGCCAUUUAGAUGAUAUCUGUAUUGCGGCGAAUAUUAAUAAAACUUUAACAAAAAUUAGGCACAUAGAAGAACCUGUGGCUUUGCUACAAGAAGUCUAUAGAAAUUCUGUGAAAGAUCUUUCACCGACGGAUAUAAUUACAUAUAUAGAAAUAUUAGCUGAAUCAUCCCCAUUACUGGGUUAUAUGAAUAGCACGAAUUCAGCCAAGGACACCCUUUCUAAUUCAACUCUUACUGAAUUUGUAAAAACUGUGAAUAAUUUUGUUCAAAAAGAUACAUUUAUAGUUUGGGACAAGUUAUCUACAAACCAUAGAAGAACUCAUCUUACAAAACUGUUACAUGCUGCCGAGCAAGCUACCUUAAGGCUAUCUCAGAACUUUCAAAAGACCACUCAGUUUGAUACUAAUUCAAGUGAUAUAGCUCUCAAAGCUUUCUUUUUUGAUUCAUAUCACAUGAAACAUAUUCAUCCCCAUAUGAAUAUGGACGGAGAUAAUAUAAAGAUAUUUCCAAAUAGAAAAGCUGCAUAUGAUUCAAAUGGCAGUGUUGCAGUUGCAUUUUUAUAUUAUAAGAGUAUUGGUCCUCUAUUUUCAUCGUCUGACAACAUCUUAUUGGAACCUCAAAGUUAUGAUAAAGCUGAAGAGGAGGGAAGAGUCAUCUCUUCAGUAAUUUCAGUCUCAAUUAGCUCAAACCCACCCACAUUGUAUGAACUUGAAAAAAUAACAUUUACAUUAAAUCACAUAAAGACCACAGGUAAGUAUAGGAGUCAAUGUGCAUUUUGGAACUACUUACCUGACACCAUGAAUGGCAGCUGGUCUUCAGAGGGCUGUGAACUGACAUACUCGAAUGAGACCCACACCUCAUGCCGCUGUAACCACCUGACACAUUUUGCAAUUUUGAUGUCUUCUGGUUCUUCUAUUGGUAUUAAAGAUUAUAAUAUUCUUACAAGGAUCACUCAACUAGGAAUAAUUAUUUCACUGAUUUGCCUUGCCAUAUGCAUUUUUACCUUCUGGUUCUUCAGUGAAAUUCAGAGCACCAGGACAACAAUUCACAAAAAUCUCUGCUGUAGCCUAUUCCUUGCUGAACUUGUUUUUCUUGUUGGGAUCAAUACAAAUACUAAUAAGCUCUUCUGUUCCAUCAUUGCCGGGCUGCUGCAUUACUUCUUUUUAGCUGCCUUUGCAUGGAUGUGCAUUGAAGGCAUUCACCUCUAUCUCAUUGUUGUAGGAGUCAUCUACAACAAGGGAUUUUUGCACAAGAAUUUUUAUAUCUUUGGCUAUCUCAGCCCAGCUGUGGUAGUUGGAUUUUCAGCAUCAUUAGGAUAUAGGUAUUAUGGCACCACCAAAGUAUGUUGGCUUAGCACAGAAAACAACUUCAUUUGGAGUUUUAUAGGACCAGCAUGUCUAAUCAUUCUUGUUAAUCUCUUGGCAUUUGGAGUUAUCAUAUACAAAGUUUUUCGUCACACUGCGGGGUUGAAACCAGAAGUUAGUUGCUAUGAGAACAUAAGGUCUUGUGCCAGAGGAGCCCUUGCUCUCCUGUUCCUCCUUGGCACCACCUGGAUCUUUGGGGUGCUCCACGUUGUACAUGCAUCGGUGGUGACAGCUUACCUCUUCACCAUCAGCAACGCCUUCCAGGGGAUGUUCAUCUUCUUAUUCCUGUGUGUUUUAUCUAGAAAGAUCCAAGAAGAAUAUUAUAGAUUGUUCAAAAAUGUCCCUUGUUGCUUCGGAUGUUUGAGGUUAACAUCAGAAUGAGGUAUAUGCUCUUUCUAUACUUAUUUCACAGAUUGUGACUUCAAAUGCUUAUUCAGUAGUAUAUAAAUGUGUCAAAAUAUAAUAUUGUUCAUGCCUGUAAAUGUAAAAAUUGUGUAUAUAAACCUGAAGUACUCUGUUCCAUAACCUUUCAGUGUAGUGAAAAAUAUUGUAUCUCAUUAGACUAGCAUAUUUGAGUUCUUUAUUUUUUUUAAUUUUAGAAAUAUUGUAGUUCACAUCACAAUAUUCUCUUUUAACUUACUACUUUUAAAAGGGCAUUGUAAAUAUGAAAGUAUUCAUAAAGUGAAUUGCUAUUUUUCUCUGUUCAGAAAAGUACACAUUUAAAAAUGUUAUUUAUAACAAAGAAAUCACUGAGAACUGUAUAAACUUUCACACUGGAUCUAUUUUCUGACAGUUUUCCUCUAUUAAGGCAUAUAUGCUAAAAUGUAAGGCUUCUAUCUAUCUUCAAGUUUUCUUAUUAAAAAGUAGAAGCAGUGAUCUUACUUCAAAAAAUAUGUAAUUGUUCUACACAUACCUGUAAAAGUGUGCCAAUACACUAAAUGUUGUGAUUUUAACUUAAUUUCUCUAGCUGUUCAAGUGAAGUCUGUCAAAUCUUACUCUAACAAAUAAAAUGAUAUCUGAAUGAAUCUUUCUACUGCUUGGCUGAGGCAUUUCUCAAGAAAGAUGAGCUGCCUGCCAAUGUCUUAAACAUUUUUAGAGUAUUUGUGAUAACUUUUUAUUUGAUCUUUUGAUCUCUUAUAUGACCUAUUAUUAUCAUUAUCAUUAUAGGACAGUGCUAUUGGAAUAAGAUACUAAAAAAGUAAUCUGUUCAAUCAAUGUAUACAAAUUAUGUGUGGUGGGCAGAAUAAUGGUCUUCCCAAAAUGCCCACACCCUAAUCCUCAGACACAUGAAUAUGUUAGGUUACGUGGAGAGGAGAAUUAACCAGCUAACAGCUAGUCCGCUAACUUUGACGUGAGGAAAUUAUCCUGGAUUUUUCAGGUUGGUCCCAUGUAAUCACAAGUUUCCUUAUAAACAAAAGAUGGAGGCAGAAGAGGGAGCCUGUUAAAGCAGUGCCAUACGAGGCAUACUCAACCAUACAUUGCUGGCUUUGAAGAUGGAAACAAUCCACAAGCCAAGGAACGUGGGCAGCUCCUAUAAGCUGAGAAAGGCAAGGAAAUGGAUUCUCCCGCAGAGCUCCUAGAAGGAAGUCAGCCCUGCUGUACUUUUGUUUUAGCCCAGGGAGACCCAGUUUGGACUUCUAACCUCUAAAACUG